AGAGGUUAUGACAGCUAUGAAAGAUGUAAGUUAUACAUUUUACAAUACAUUGUAGACACUUCCCACUAAAUUGAGAAGCCUUCUUAGUGGAGGGAAGCAGGACUGGGAGUAUGUAUGUCCCUAGUCUGAAUUUCAAAUAUGGUCAUUUUGUGUUUUGAGGAAGGCCAUGCCCCUGUUGGCAGUUAAGCCACUCUUUUAUUCAUUAUUGCCAUUUCGUGUAUUAGUCUUAUGUUGCUGUUUCCAGGCCACAUCGUUGCUUACAAGUUGGAAUUUAACCCUAACAGGGCCUCUAUUGAAACAUUAUUUUGCUCUUCUUCAGGUGGUUACAGAAAACCAGAAAACUUAUUUGAGUCUUACGAAGAUCUUCUGCAAAGAAAGCGUGCCCAAGAGAGAAGAUACAGGUUGGUCCAUAUUACUUUGUACUUCAGAAGUGAAAAAGUUAACUGGUAGUAGAGAUUUGUAUCAAAAGUUUAUGAAUACUAAUUAGGUGAGGAGGAGUUUGUAUCUGAAGUUAAUUGUACUGUUCAAUAAUGCAUAAACAAACCCUCUCAAUUUGUAUUGAAGUUUGCAGUUGGGUACAUGACUGACUUUUUUGUCAGAUUUGUUCUCUAUUUGCAAGAGUUGACAGAUGUACAGAACAAAGGUGCCAGAUCGCAGUGCGCCUAGUAUAGAUUAAUGUGACUUGAAUGCUACCUGUUGAUUGGUCAUAAUUUUGAUAGUUACAGGGCUCGAACUUGGCAGUGGUCUACUAGCCAAAUACCAGUAGAUUUUGAUUUUUGGCUAGUGGAUUUAGCUCAUUUACUAGCCAUCUUGGCUAGUUAAUUUUCGCAACUGUAAACAACAUAAGCCUUGAAAUGUUUUCAACAUUUUCCCAGUUGAUCCGCACCUUCUAGUAACCUCUUAUUUCAUUCCCCCAUUAACAACUGGCAUGAAUAAAAGAAAGAAUAAUAGUUUUUAAUUCGGUUUUCAGUUUUGCGUUUAUUCGCUGCCAUCUUGAAAUUUUGUUUGACCAGGAAGCAUGGGCCAGGCAGUACCCAUGAUGCAAAGCUAGCCAAAAAACAAAUGUACACCAUCUUGAAAUGCAAAUCUACAAUCACAGUCCAUGCAUGAUUGUCAUGGAUAUUAGGGCAUUUCUGUUGUCAAAUAAAACAACUAAAGGUCUAAAGAGAGCAAGUGAUGAUUCUGCUGGAGGCAGCACGUCUACAUGUAAAUCUUCAUCAAAACGAAAAUUUGUACGGACCUGGAUGAAAGACUUUCCAUGGCUCACAAACGAUGUUGAAGCAAACCAAAUGUUCUGCAAAUUGUGUAGAGACAAUACAACUUGUGCAGGUGCUGGCUGCUGGACUUUAAACUGCAGACCAGCGCAAGUGCUGUUGGGUUCUUGUUUGUAGAGUUCAGUAAAAUUUAUCAUUGUAUUGUAACUAAACAUACAAGACAAGAUACAUUUAAAUUUUUCUUAUGUUGCAGUUUUUAUUAACGUUUGAUAACCACAGGAUUUUUGACAUUUUUUUAAAAUCUUAUGCUGUACAGAGGUGCCUAGACUACUAGAAACACGUUUAUGGCUAGUAAAGCCCGAGCAUGUACUAGCCAUUUGACUAUUAAGUUCAAAAGUUAAGUUCGAGCCCUGAGUUAAUGAAUGAAUAAUUUUUGUACAAUAAUAAUAAUUUUGGUGAAUGUUCUUCCCUUGGUUUGUAAGUAAUUAUUGCAUCCCUUAUGAUUAUGUUUGUUUCGUUUUUGCAGAGGUAUUGAUGACCUAGACUCAAGUCCCAACAGGUACUGAAUUCUGAAUUUUUGUAGUUUGGUAGAUGUCACCAUAAUAACAUUUUGCGCCAAAAAUGUUGUCCUACAACUAGCCAGGCCCAUCAUUAAAAAACAUGAUUAUGAUUUAUCAUAAUAGUGAUGAUUUUUGUGUUUUGUGUUUAACUUGCAGGGGAGGGUUGAUAGUCUUUACAGAUUAUAAUAAAUUUUGUGGAUAUUGAUUGAAGUUGUACUUCAGUCAAAGCAAAAUGAACUCUUCAGGAAUGUAUGAAAGUUGUUACACCAAAGCUGGUCUUACAUGAGAAUUGGUUAUCAUAGGCAGCUGAAGUCACAGUUCAAAUUUGGGUUUCAGGACACUGCAAUCCUCGUCAAAUUUUGUUGAAACACUAGACUGAAACGAGUGUGUAUAAUAUGCGAGCCAGCGAGCCAGCGAGUCAUGCGAGUCAACAUGUGAGUCAACAUGCGAGCCAUGCGAGUCAUGCGAGUCACCAUAAAAUAACUUUGUUUUUAACGUAAACUACUAAGUAACGUAUCUAUUCCAAAGGCAGGUCCUUUAAAAUUCAGCUUCAGAAAAAUUCGCCAACAUACAAAUUGAACGAGGUGAAACAAUAACAAAGGUUUGAGAAUGCGUUAAACAAAGGUUUAAAGGUUCUUCCUCGGUCACGUUUAAUGAGUCACACGAUAUGUGGUAAGCCACGUGACCAGAACAUAAAAAAACACUCUUUAAAAUCCAAACGUCUUGCGUCUUUCAUAAUAAAACCAAUGCCAAUGGCUUAAGAAUACCGCGAUAAAAAAUCUGACUUACUAACAAGUUUAACGUUCCUUCUCAAAAUUCACAGUUAUUGAAAAAGCUAUGACGUCAUUGAGGGGUAUUUUCGUUAGCGAGUCAACAUUUUACGAGUUUAUUCCUUGCGAUUUACUUAAGAUGUUUCUUUUCUUCAAGUUUAUACACUCGAUAAAAUUGCGGGCGACAUGACUUAGGACUCAUGACUUCGGGCGAGAUGACUUUCGGGCGACUUGACCGGUUACCUUUUGAUACAUUUUCUUUAAAAGACUUUCUUGCUGUCGUCUGAACGCUGAUUUCAUGCUACAAAUGUUAAAAAAGUUAAAUUGCUUAUGAUUCGCCAAAAAAUGGAUUCUCUUUCCUUCGAACUUCUGUCUCGCAUGGCUCACAUGAUGACUCGCAUGACUCGCAUGACUCACUGGCUCGACUCGCAUGACUCGCUGGCUCGCUGGCUCGCAGUUUGUCAAGACCCGACUGAAACUGCAGAUUUUUCAUGUCAUGUCUUCUCAACCAGCUUAUUUAACAUUUUGCCGAGUGUACAAGUUUCUUCUGUCCUUCCCCAAUGUUCAGAUUCAAGUUUAUUUGCAAGUGGAUAAUAUGUGAAUUAACAUUGAGGUGGACAUAAUGUGAAAAUUGUUUUGAAUGUGAUGUCACGUUCAAGAAUGGUUGCAAGGAGAGCAUUAGCUUUAUCUUCUAAAGAAAUGUUUAAUUAUUGCCUUUUAAUCAUUUUCCUGCAGGCCUAGAUGGGAAACUUCACAGUAUAAGCAGAAUUCUAAAAGUGAUGGGUAUCUCAAUCGAAGAUAUGAUGAUGAGGAUGAUGAUGUAAGAUGAUCUAACUUAUUGCUUUCUAUGUCAUAGUGAAAAUGAAAAAUGCAGCAGUUUUAAUUGUAUGUUCUGGUUAGAUAAGUUGAGAGUAACUGGUUUGUAAUUGGUUCUUAAAUUAAGUGGUAUGUCAUGUGAUGAUUAUUUUGCAGUACAAUAUUGAUUUUUGCUAACAUUAUUUUGCAGUGGAUCCAGAGUUACAGCAGAAAUCGCCCCAGAGCUCAGAGAGAAAAGAGCUUUGAAGCAAAGUAAGAUGAGCAUAAGAAUUAUUAUUAAUUGGUUGCAUAAAGAGAAUAAUCAAGAGUGUAAUACUAGGGAUUUAGCUCAGUGCGGAAUGUUUCUUGGGUUUCUGUUCGUCAAAUCAUAAGGCCAAUGUUGAUAUUUCUCACUGGAAAUUAACAAAUAGAUGAUAGUUAUUAUAUGGCUGCUUGGAGAUGGAAAUUUCUCUUCUUGUGUUUAUAAUCUAUGUUGAAGUCAUAGCUGAGCUGUUAGAGCGCUGGACCGGACUCCGAGUUUAAGUCCCUCCCUGACCACUAACUGGAUUUGUUCUCGGUAGUCCCAAGUUUAAAUCCUUGACCAUGCUUGUAAAUAGCCAAAUGUGAAGAUAACAAGUUUUUGCGCGAUAGCUCACCAGCUAUUGGUAGUUACAUAAUAAUGUUGUUUUUGUUUGCAGGCGUGUUCGCUUCCGUGGUGAUGAUGAUGCCGAUGAUGAGUAAGACCUUUUUAAAUGUUUAAUCAUUUAUGUCUUAGUAAUUUGGUUCAAUAAAGUUAUAAUGUGUUCAAUAAAGUUAUAAUGAAUUAUUGCCAUUUUUGUUUCGUGAGAAUAAAUUUUUUCACCAGCCCAUAAACUUUUUUUAAAACAACAGGUGGGGGAUAGAAGGGUUCAAUGAACUUGUAACUGUGGUAAUGUGACUGUGACAUUAGUUAACUUAAUCUUAUGCAUCCUGAAGGCAGAGGAAAGAAGAUGACAAACCUUGUGUGACAAGUGUGACAAUAUUUUUUUUGAAAUUAUUUUUCACCAAAUUUCAUCUUCCUUUAAACAGAUCUUUUUGUUAAAGACCAGAACACAGUAAUGUCAAGUGAAGAUUGCAACAUAGUUCGCAAGUGAUAGCCUUGACAUGUUUGACACAUUUUUUUGACGUCCGUUUCUUGGUGCUGUCCUGUUGCGCAAACUCACUAAAUGUUGAUGGUGGCAGCAAUGACUACAAUAAUGAUUCUUGAAUAUGAUAUUGUAGGUAGCAAUGCAGUCUGUUACUAGCUCAAAGUGAUUGAAGAAGAUAGUCAUUUUUUCUUACCCUUGAUUUUGUUCUGUUGUACCUUCCAUUCUAAACAUCACUCGUUUUGUGCAGGUCAUGGGUGAAACCGAGAAGAAGACUUGAUUAUUAUGAUGAUGAGGAGGAUGAGGAGGAACUCCUUGAAUGGGUACGUCAUUACAGUAGCACUGAUGUAAAGGGCUGAGAUAUAAAGUAUUAUCUGUCCAUGUAAAACUAUUUUGUCCAGCAUUUGGUAAAUCAUUGAUAGCAUCAUGACAAUCGCGUUAAUAAUGUUGAUUCCAUGUGAAAUGAUUUGCAUGCAUGCUGCAACAUAGAAUUAGCAUACUAAUGGAAUACUGAUAUCUAUUCAGGUUGAAACAGGCCAUAUUUUUCCUGGCUGUCAGGAAAAUUUUGGGGUUUAUGUACUUGUCAAAUUCUAACAAGCCAGCAUUUUUUGUAUCUGAUGAUUCUUUGUUGUAACUAGGAAAAAUGCACAAUGAUCUUAGCAAAAUAGUGUGCAGAAGAGAUGAAACGACAUGAGUUUAAAACAAAACUAAACAAAACAAAAAAGAGAAAAAUGCUGAAAUUGGUGGUUACACUAAGCUGAUUACAGAGUUGAUGAUGAAUUAUUUUUUAUGUAAUUUUGUAAAGUUGGGUGAAAGUGUUAGCUGUUGCUGCCAGCCAUCUACUAAUGUGAAUCCUGGAUGAAUUAUGAAGAAAAAACUUUUAAAUCAACCUUUUGUUGUUAGGUUCGAAAAAGAGGAAGAAAACCUCAGCGACGAAACAGUGCUCACCUACCAGAAAGGUAAUUCCUCUUGCAUUUCCUUUGCCAGCUUAAAUUCAAUAUUUAUUACAAACAGUGUAUCAAUCCAUCAAUAGUCACAGGGCACUCACUCAACCACAACUAAUCUCUUUGUCUUUAGUUAAUUAAAUGACAAAUCUCACUCUAAAUGUAUUUCAUCAGAAUAUAUACCUAGUAGUGUUUACUCAGCAGUUCACUUCAACAUGUGCCUUUGCUUCAGUUACUCUUUAAACUCUUACAACAACACCUUCCUUAUUGAUACUUAAUUUCACGGGUCUUUAAUUUCGCGUUUUUCGAAUUAUUGUAAAAAAAUCGCAAAAGUAACGUAAGACCCAUGCAGAAAAUUCAAAUCACAGAAAUAAGCAAUGUACAGGAUGUACCCAAAAAAUUAAAUGAUUUUACUAGAAAGUUUCAUUUUGUACCUUCUGUCGUGAAAAAAAUGAGAAUUUGCAAAGAUUUCAUGUAUGGAGUAGGGAAUCUACCUAUCUUCUCUAUCUGAAUCGUUAGAUUAUUACAAGUCCCUUGUCUUGAAAUUUUAAGGAGUUCAGACUUUUUGAAAAGUAAAAUGAAGUCGAAAACGCUUGAAUCGCGAAAUUUAAUGCCCUUUUUACAUAUUUGCCGAUUGAAAUCGCAAAAUAAAACUCUGUAAAAUACUGUUGUGCCAGUGAUCGUGAAAUUAAGUACAUGCGAAAUGAGGUACCAAUGUGGUAUUUUCUCUUCACUGCCUUCUAUACCUUUGAUUAAGUCAGUCAGAACGUCGUAGGGUAAAAAGGGUCAAGUUUAAUAAACCAUUCAUUAGAAAUAACAGUGAGUUUCACUAUGUUCACAGGGAUGGUCCCAAAGAAGACUCAUUUCAGAGGAGCAAAACAGACAGCAGUAUCAGAUCACAGUCUGCCCCAGUGGAGGGAGCUGGCAUCAUAGGAGGUUGGUAUUGCCUUGUACAGUUCGAUAGGUGCUACAUAUGGUGCCUAUCUUGGAAUAAUAGUACGUAGUAUUAGAUCGGUCGAUAGGUUGGUCGUCUGUUGAAACAGAACAGCAUCGAACAUCCUCUGAGUUAUCAUUGAGCUGUAUCACAUCUAAAUAGUCUUCACAUUACACUUUCUUUCCUUGUUAUUUAAGUGUUAAUUGAUGUGGGAUGAGGUAGAUAGGUGUAGGGAGGAAAGCACCUCUGAAUGAUUUAGUUCAGUUUUGUUUUUAAUUUAAUUGCUCUCUUAGGUUCAGAGGAAUCCAGAAGUGCCAAAGUUCAAAAGCAAGAACAGUACAAGAGAGAGCUUCAGCAGCAAAUGGAAGAACAAGCAGAUAUCAGGAAAAGGUAUCGAUCCACCGAUCUUUGCGUCCCACGGGAUGCAUGCUAUUUAUUUUGUGUCUUUUGGGAUUUUUAUGCGUCAUUGAUGCAGGACGCAGAGGUAACAAAAUCAUUGGAGCACUAAUAUUUUCAAUAUGAUCUAUACAAGGAGGAUUUUACUGAUCAUGUUUGUUGGUUCUUUGCCAGAGAGAAAAUGCUUCAUUUAGGAAAUGAUCCAACUAGUGGUAGGCCACUGAACUCCCAGGUAAAAAGCUUUUUAAUUUAAACACCAGACCUAAUUGUGGAAAACUUUUUUAGAAAGGUUUAAUUUUUACUGGUUCUUGAAACCUGUGCUUAAAGCUAGUAUAAGACCCUACAGUAAAUAACCCUUACCGUAAUAUUUUACUUAUAACAAAGCAAAGGAUUUUUUACUUGAUCACCCUUGAUCUGUUUAAAAGAACCAGGGUGGUAAUAUUUUGUAACAGCCGUUUGUAAAGCUCAUGUUACAGGGGACGAUUCCCACCGACGAUUUUUAGCGGAUCACAGCGUUGCACUGUUGAAACAAUGUUGCAAUGCUGUGUUAUGCUAAAAAUCAUUGUUGCGAAUCGUCUCAUGUAACAUGGUCGUAAGGGUCAGUACAAGGUGUCGUGAGUAAUGAUCAUUAAAAAAAGCACUGUGGAACUGUGCCAAAUUUACUCAAAAUUUAGUGGUUUAUUUAUGUUCGAUGCAAUUCCUUUUAGCUGGACAGAACACCACCAGAUGUAAGCAGGGGAUCAUAUCAACCUCCUCAGUCGCAAGGCUAUGAUGUCUCCUUGGCCAAUCAUGGACCAAGCUCCAGGCCUCCUCCUCACCCUGCCAUCCACUCCAAUCCAUAUGAUGACCCAUAUUACUACUAUGGUGCACUGGAGAUGGGUGCUUCCCAGGGGCAUUCUAUAAGUUCCCCUAGGGGGACUGGACAAGCAAACAUGGUGCCAAGGUUGAGAUUGGAUGGUGAUGUUUCUGGAGGUAUGGCUGACACUGUAUUUUCAAGAAAAGAGUAAUUAGUAAUAGUUACUAUUACAGUUACCAUGUCGAAACAACUGGUGAUGGUCUAUCCCUCUAGAAACCUUAGGCCCGGUUCAGAAGCCGAUCUUUCCAUGAGCCGAACCUAGUUCGAAUUAAGGCUGAUCCAAAUUAUUUAGACCGGCCAAACUGAUUCAGACGCCGAUCUUAAUUCCAACCAGCCUAAAUUCUGGUCAAAUUUUUUGGUCAAACCGCUUUCAAAAUACGUUAUUAAAAUUUAUGCAUUUAUAGGUUUGGCACAUGAAAAGUUCUGCGUCCGAAUCAAAGCUGUUCCAAAGUCGCUCCAAAGUCUAAAUUUCUAGCCGGGCUGGGCAGGAAGAACGGCUCCAAAUUGAAAUAGGCGUUCCCAAUUGAUUCGAACGUUUCAUGUACUUAAUUCAAUUUACUACGUUCGGCUCAUGAAAAGUUCGGCGUCUGAACCGGGCCUUAUUUAUCAUUCAAACUUCAUUGAUUCAGAAACCAUGUCAAGAUACUGAUUCAGAGUGCAGUUAAAAGUUAAACCUUGACAAAAAAUCUGGACAUGCUAUCACUUGUAACGAUUGACAAUGUAAAUUGUGAUCAAAUAAAAUGCUAUGGAUUAAAUUCUGCAGGUCGUCAUUCACAAAGAGAUUCACAGUCAAGAACCCAAGGUAAUUGACAUAAUGGAGCAUCUGACUUAAAUAAUAUGCACUGGAAAUUUUUCAUUAAAAUUGUGGAACCGUCCUUACAGUCGUCCGACAAAAAAGGAUGGUUUCACAGCCAUCUAGUUCAUUUUGUUUGGUUCUGCUAAUAACUAUCAUGAAACUUAACAUUAGCAAAAGAAUUUCUUCUAGCAAGUUGUAAUUAACAAACCUGCCACUUUGUGAUAAACAAUUAUGUCUCCUGAGUGCUAUAAAUUAUUUCAAAGAUACCAACAACAAUGAAAAUUCUAAUUGGAGCCUAUUUAAACCGUCUUCAAUUUUGUUCAUUUGUACUUUCUUUAUUGCAUUUCAGUCCUGUGCUAUUUACUAUGUUUCAACACAUUUUUAAGCAGUUAUUUUUUAUUGCUGGCAGAGUACACCACACCAACUCCAGCACCCUACCCUCAGCAGGGAGGGGGCUCGCUCAGCCCUCGGUCUGGCCUCCAGCCUCCUGGAGGGUUCAGCAGUCUUGGAGCAGCAGGCACAGAUCCUGCCUCAUCUGACAAGAAGAAAGCAUCACAACAAGCUUAUCAGGAAGAACUGAAAAGACAGGUAAAAACUUGAACCUGCGUUGGCUUGCCAAUCAGUUUCCUAAAGUAGUUGAUAUCCGAGAGGAAGUAACUAAAAACACUGCAGUGUGUGUUUCCGACAGGUAAGCAUAAAGCUAUCAAAUUGGCAUUCUUGAUACAGCUUUAUGUUUUAUUCUCACCCCCACAAAACUAAGAGGAAACUAUUGCGUCAAAAAAUGAUUGUUUGUUGAUUGAAAAAACGACCAUUAGCGGAAAUAAGGCCAUUUUUGGACGACUUGUUUUCAUCAAAGUCGUCACUUAUCAUAGUGUUAUCCCCAGCUCAUGAAGAGAUUCCUGAACUUUUGCUGCUGUUUUGCAUGAAAGUUCUUCAUCCUUUUCUCUCUUAACAGUGGCCAAAAAAAAACAAUUCACCAUAAAAAUUUAAAUUUCUUUGUGUGAAAUCCCAAGAAAUAAAUAGCACCUUGCAACAGUUCUGCAAAAUAUAUUCAUUUGAAUGGUAGCACCAUUAAAUGAUUUUGUCCACCGAUGUAAAUGUUAGAAAUGACAAAUAAUUUUUUCCCAUAACAUGGUUUAAAAGGCUUAUUCCUAAUUAAGAACUUCAUUUAGUAUUUGAGAGUCUUUAGGAGUUAUAUUCAACCGUUGAUUCUGUAAUGAACUUAUACGCAAAUCUAGUUAUUUGGCAAGCAUAGCUAACAGUGAGUUCCUCUAUAGAAAACUUCAGUUAUAACAAACUUGUUUGACCUUUAGAUGGAACAAAGAAACGAAAAGAAACGAAAAGAAAAAGAGGAGAAAGAAAGGUAAGAUGAGAUGACAGCGUUUAAAAUUAGUAGAGGUUUAGAGUCACGUUUACGGCAAACGGCAAACGUCAGAUUCAAGUUGAGAAUUCCUCCAAAAAGAAAGUGAGCAGAUAAAAACUGCCUAAAACAAUUUUUUUUGACAAAACUGGCGUGAAACUACUGAUAUUUGUGCAGAAGUUAUGAACAGUAAACGACAGGAAAAGGUAAAACUUGGUCACGUGGUACAAAUUGCCGCACACGUGACUCUAAAAUUCUCCAUUAUUAUAUAUUUUCGUCCUCUACACUUUUAGCUUUCCCUAAGACAUCAACCAUGGGAGGCAGACACAUUUUUUAAAAGCCAAGGCAACCUUUGGUUGGAAGGCACUGAAUGAAUUGGUACUCAAGAAUUUUUGCUCCCAGUCUGUACUUUUGUCAUUAACCUGCGUGGGAAAGGGAAGGGAAUUUGGGCGAGAGACCGCACGCGAAGAAGGAAGGAGCGCGCUUCUCGCGCGCCCGGAAUCUUCUUCCCCUUUCCUUUCAAACGACCUGCCACGCAGGCUAUUUUGUUAUUAAAUCUAGUCGGUUGUUGAAAUGUUUUGUAGAUAUGACAGAAAGAUUGAGCAGGAAGCAGCCAGCUAUAACCCCUGGGGUAAAGGCGGAGGUGGUGCACCUCUCAGAGAUUCAACAGGGCAUCUUGUUGGUAAGGACACUAAGAACAUGUUUAGUUUCUUUAUCCUGAUAAUUAUCAUGCAAGGUUCAGUGCCCGAGCCCCAAGGCCCUAGAAAUUGUCGAGAGGGGCUGAAGAGAGACGGUAUUUAAUGCACCUUUUCACUGUUCUACGGCGGGAGGACUAGCUUGGUCGGUAGAGCGCUUGGCAGACUGCAGAGCGGGAGGUCGUGUGGUUCGAUCCCAGGGGCCGUAUCAAUACCAACACCGGUACUCAGGGACUUAAUUAAGCUGCCUUUCAAACGGCUAGACCUUCGCGUGGCUCGGGUGACCACGUAAGAUAGCGGUCUUGUUACGUCUCCACUGGAAGAUUAAAAAAUAGUAUCCCCAGUUAGUUCUUUCGUGCUAAAUACAUUGACACUUAAAUAAAGUGCGUUUUUUUCCAACAUACGGAAAGCGAGAAAUCAAAAGCUUGUUUGGAUCCUUUCAAUAACUGACAAAUGAAACAAAUCAGACAGACCGGGAAAGUCUUGUUUGCGUCCUUGUGUCACCAAAAAGUUCAUUUACAUUAGCCGUAUAGUUUUAGCAGAAGAAUAAUCAAAGUCUUUGUGUUCCUUAUUUUUGGCAGAUAAGUAAGACAGUUAGGAAAACUUAUUUUCAAACCGAAGGUCAUGGGAGAUCAGUGAAAAUUAAGUUUUUUUUUUCUAUAUUUCUUUUCGAAGCUAACUUAAGAACCUUAAGGCAGUACAAUGAACAAGGGGUUAAAGUGAGUCCAAGAGAUGAGCCUCCAUCUGUAGACACAAGAUUCCAGGCCGCUGCACCCAGUGAACCUUACCUAUCUCCCAGACAAGGAAACAUUAGCAAUGCAAGCCCAAUGAUGCAGGCAGCCGCAGGUAAGAUUUAUAACUUUUUUAUUUCAUUUGAAAUGAAAAAUGCCAACUAUCGUGUAAAUUCAUGUCAUAAACUGCUGAAAAAAAAUAUUAGAAUGUGAAAGAAAUGUUAGAGGUGUUUUCACUGAAUGGUCACGCCAUCGGAUUUCACUAGUUUGUCUGUUCUCUUUCGCUCCUUAAAACCGUGAAUAAAAUUCACUGUGUAGAUCUUAACAAUGACGCAGACCAUAUGAAGGAAAGCGAAAUUUUUCUUAACUUUUUCACUUUAAGAGUGCCUUUAGCCCAUGCUUAAGAUAGAAACUAUUCUUACACCAAUCUUAUUUCGAGCAGGUGAACCUAAAAUUCAUGACAAGGUUAUUGAUAAGUUGUGAAUUUGUGUUUAGAAUUAUCUGGAAAUGUAGGGAGGUCGACAUUCGGACGAUCAGAUCCACUUAAAGAAGCUCAACCACAGGUAACCCAAUUCAGCUGAUAUCAGUUAUCAAUUUGAUUGUAAUCGUUAUUAACCAUAUUAGAAGGAGAACUCAACACUGAUGUCUUCAAAUGGUCGAAGAUCAUAAUCUGCGAAAGCCGAUAGAAAUCGGAUAUGAGCCUUAUAAUAAUUGUUUCGUUAAAAGACUAAUAGUUAGUUUCUUCCCUGCCGCAAAUAUAAGGGCGCUUUCUAGCGUUUUAUUAACAGGUUAUUAUUCUCUCAGGCUCUCUUAGUUUUUUUUUCUGAGUAAAAAUGGGUUGACAGAUAGCAAUUACGCCAGCCAGCAAAUGAGAGAUUUGCAGUAAAAUUCUAGACGAGUUUUACUAAUAACAUAAGAACUAAUAUUAAGCAAAUUAUUCAGGUUUGAUUUUUAAGCAAACGAAGUUAUAGUUGUUGAGUUAAGAGAAAUCAAGAAGUUGAACUUGGUGUCUAGAGAUAAACGUUGGAUUGAUAGCUCCUUUUUCUAUUUUGAAUUUAAAGGAUGAUCUUAAAAAAGCAGCCAAGCUGGAGUAUCAAGAGUUCCUUCGAAAACAGGUGCAGUUUAAACUCUCUGUUGAAGCUGGCUAAAGCAAAUAUUUAUGCUUACGUCAUAUACUACUCCUUAACUAUGGGACGCGUCAUGUACCAUACGUGUACCAUUGCCUGUAGCCAGGCUUAAAGUCUUAGUGGCUGCAAACUUUGAAUGUCGUAAAUUGUUUCCUACAUUCAGUUAUAGUAAAGCCUACAAAAUUUGCUUAAUUGUGGCAAAGUUGGUUUGCACAUCAUUUUUAUAACUUGGAAGAAGGAGAAAUCAAACACCAGAUAGCUCAGAAAACAUUCCAAGCCCCAGGUGAGAAUCAAACUCACGAGCAGGGUCGAAAUUUAAUUAUAAUUACACCAGUCGUAGAGGACUGUCUCAGAGACUUGCUCGAAACCAGCUGUCCACCGGCAGUUAUAGUUUUGUUUAAUACGUGAUUUUUGCAUCGGUAUGUCUUGUCGGCGACCUUCCUUUGGACGUGAAUGAGUCAACAAUUAAACUUCAAGAACGUUUCGAAUCUCCUCCAUACCUGUGAACGAACAGCAAAAAAACAGAUGUGAAACAAUCUUAAGAGUCUUUUAAAACAAAUCAGAUAUGAACUAGUACUCAAAAUCGUUUAUUGCACUCUUACCUUUCAGGUUGAAGAAAAAGAGAAGAAGAAACAGGAAGAACUUGAAAGAGUAAAAAGGGAAGAGGAGGAAUUGGUGAGAGAUAGUCCUACCUUUUUGGGCUUGAGGUUUUUUCUCGUUUAUCAAAAUGUUUGCUUACUGGUAACGUUUUUCACUUUUGAUUUUUCCUCAGGAAAGAAGAAUUAAAGAGGAUAGAUUAAAGAUGCAGAAGGAUUUCGAAGAAGAACAGGAGAAAAACAGAAAGAAGGAAGAAGAGGUAAUGCGUAUUUUCAGUUACUUGAAGUGAAAUUUGUCAGAUUCCUGUGAAGUUUUAAUUAUGGCAAGUGAAUAUAUGAACACUGUGUGCCACAGGACACCCAUGCUGCAUGGAGCGUAGUCGAGCGUCUUUAAUGUACCUUGAAGGAAAGUCUUGCUGCUCCCCUUUCCACCCUUAAUGAGAAUGCAAAAUAAAUUCCACGGUUCGUUUGUUCGAAAGUUGAUAACGCUUUCCACUGACGAAACCUUUAUCUAGCAGAUAAUGCAAUUGGUUUCCCAAAUCCGCUAGAUAACGCUGUCCUACGUUUGCGCUACUCCCAGCGACCUCAAUCUACUUCAAUCUACCAGUGCUAAUUUAUACACCAAGGGGAAGAGUAAAAAGUCUUUUGUCUAAGGAAACUACACUUAAAGGAGCUGCGUCAGGAACAUUACCAAAAUUCAAACCGAAACCGCUACCAAAUUGAGCGAAAACUAAAAAUAACGGAUCAAAAUAUGACAAAGAAAGUACAAAUAGCACAGUAAAUACAGUAGGAGGCACGGAUGGACAAACAUGACGAUUAGCCUUUUCCAGGCGUUCAGAUAGUGGGGAGCGGAGAAGUAAAAAGGUGCGCGAAAAAAUAAAUGCGAGGGAGGAGGAGCACCUCUCUCCCCAGUCCCCCUCUACUUUUCAUCGCUUUCUUUACUUCGCACCGCUCUCCACUAUCUGAACGCUUAGAACAGGCUAGAAGACGAUAAUUUGUGGUUUUUGAAAACUCGUUAGCCUGACACUUAUUCAAAGUUCAUAUUUGUUGUUUGUAAAGUUUGAUAUAAUACUUUGGAGACGUAUUUUUGUUUCACACAAAAUUGUGAUUUUGUCAGUCACAAGUAGUUUUUCAAGUUCCCUAGCAAAUAAGGAGGCAUAAUUGGCAUUAUUAAGAAAAUUAAAUAAACUUGCUGUACAUCUAUCUCUUCACUAGGCAAGGUUGAAGAAUGAACAGAUCAAAGAAGCUCAGGAAACCAAGAAAAGAGAAGCCGAAAAGAAAAAGAAGGAGAUGGAAGAACAGAGGCAAUCUGAACUCAAGAGGAAACUGGACGCUGAAUUAGCUGCCCAGAAAACUGCUGGUGAAGUAAGAAGAAAGUUUUGCCUUUUUAGAACGCUAAAGCACCGAAUUAGGGUUCUAAAUUUAAAUAUUCCAUGUCUACGUUCAAACUUUCAUUUGGUCAUACCUCAGCAUUUCAUCUGCAAGGCGGUAAGUCGGAAAUAUCCUCAGGAGAAUUUAAAUUGUCGCUAUUUGUGGAGAAACCACUGCUGCGGGGUCAAUUUUCCCCUGGAGAUGUAGACACGAAAGAAGGCAGAAAAUUUCACAACCGAAACGAGUGAGAAUAAACGAUUUCCAGAAGUCUGAAAUGAGUAUCGUCUCUCUUAUUUUAGGGUCCUUCUACUCAAGCAAGAACUAAUUCGCCGCCCAUUCCCGCUGUGCGCAAAAAAAUGGAGGUAGGCGUGCUCUCUGUGUUUCAUGCAGCCCUUUAGUAUUUUCCAAUGAGAUUUUAAACUACUUUAAAUGCUUUUUCAGGAGGCUGGUCAAGAUAUGACUGACUUCAGAUCGUCUUCACCCCCUAUUCCUACAAUAGCAAACAAACAAACUACUCAAGGUGAGAACGAAGUCUAUGGCACUAUUUACGCCGGUGUUUCCCCUUGUUGUAGGCACAAAGGAUGGCCAUGCUGUGCCAGAGCUUGUUGACCCCUUGUGUCAGCAAAACAGCCUAAGGCCAGCCUCCUUCUCAGGCGCUUCGUUUUUCGCAAGGUAGAGGCGAGCGACUGGUGAUGAGCCGCAAGGGACCAUGGGAAGAGUACAGACGGCAAGCUUGCCCGUUGUCUCCUUCCCGCCUUCCUUUGCGCGGGCGAGAGAGACGUCUGGGUACGAGGCAGGCCUAAGGCAGAGCAGUCUAAACUGUGGUCAGACAUGUGGAGACAUAGUUAAUGCGAAAAAAUUUCAUUUUGCAGAUAAAUAAAAUCUUCCUUGAGCUCAUGUGCAUUGUCUUACCAACGAAAGAACAAUUUGCAGUAAUCAAUCUACUUGCGAAUUCCGAGUCGAACUAUGUACAAUAUUCUUUGUAGAUGCGUAAGGCGUCCACGAUUGAGUCCGAUGACAUUUUUGUUUUGUCCGACCAAAUGGUGAAUAAACCGGACAUAUGUCCUUUCAAGAAAGACAAAAUAUUAGCUCUGUUAUGGGUCACUUGAAUGUUAAUCCUGGUGCUCCUAAUUUCUUACUGAUGCCAAGGUUUUGAACUCUUCCAUUGUGCUUUAGGUUCUGUUGCCCCGUCUCCACCUCUGCCCUCUGUCCGGCCUGCACGCGAAUCUGGUAGGGAAUUUUUACGUGAUUUUUAACCCCUCCUAGUUUUCUUUGCAAACAAAUAAGUCGUACAGUGUACGUACGACGACUGCUUUGACUAAAAACUUCUGUUUGUUUGCGAAAGGCCGAUUUAAUUUUUCUUUGUUUUCUUUUGUUGUGUUUAAGAGCCCACAAGAAACGCUGCAGCUGAUCAAGAUGUGCUGAGUCAACUGACGGCGCUCAGACAGCAACUCAAAAAUGAAGAAAAACGAGUCCAACAACAAAUGAGUCAUACAACUGCCGCGGUUGGUAUUUUCAUUACUGAUAACAGUUUUCAGUAAAUUUUUGGACGGUUUACUCUGCGUAAUUUUCAUUUUCGGCUUUGCUAUAAAAACAGAAAGAGAUGAAAGAGCACUUGAUGGUUUUUAUGAAGUCUUGGCCAAUGUAGCAGGCGCAAAAGCUAGGGGAGGGGGAGGGGGAGAGGGAGAAGAGUGCGAAAGGGAAAAGCCCCGCCGCCUCUCUCUCUUUCUCUAUUUAUCUCUCCCCAACUCCCUUUGCCCCUUCCUCCUAAUCCCCUAUUCCCUUUGACGCCUGCUACGCGGGCCAAUUAAGUCGCUGUUGAUUAGAAAUAAUAAUGGUUUUCAAAUGAAUCGGUUUUACUUGGACAAUGCGAUUAACCGGCCAAAAAAACGGUUAUUCCGCUUCACUUAUUAAUAAAUCAGGAAUAAAGCCAGCUACGCACAUGACUUGGCACGUGUUUUCCCGCGCUUCACUGAUCUGUUUUGAGUUCUGAUUGGUCCCUUUCGUCGUUUCGUCUCUUGGUAUUAGUUAGAGUACAUCAUAACCUGGUUUUGUUUUUUUACGAAACACGACAACAGAUGGUUAUAAGAGUGUUUGAUGGAAACUAAUGAGCUCUAUACUUCUCUUUCUUCGUCUAGACAAGAUAUUCUGAUAUGCAGCGUGCUCCUGAAGACCUUGGAAGUAGAAGGUAGAGUUCCUCGCGCAGCGUGCAGUGUUUUUUUGUCAUUAGCAACGUUUGUCGUAGCAUAUCACGAUUCAACUGAAAGAUUUUUUUAUUGUAACGCGUGUUACAUCGUUGCACAAUUAAAUUUCAGGCAUAUUCAAAAAUUAAUAAAUAGAAAUAAAUAAAAAAAAUCGCGAAGCGAAGGGGAAAAGAGAGACUGGUUGUAGUCUGAAGUGAGGAGCUCACUUUAGUCUUCAGACUUCAUUUUUCCACUUCUAUAAACACUAUAUUUAGUAUUUGCUUCUUACUCUUUUGAAAGAAAAUAACACAACCAAAUUCUCUUCAGUUAGUUUCUCUAAAGGUAAUCUAAUGUCUUGGCCUUUUAUUUUAUUUUAUUCUAGAAGUAGGAGGGAUGUGCAAGUGUUUGAAAGAGCGCUGGCCAAUAAAACAGCUGUAGUGAAGAAAGAGGGAGAGGUAAAAUCAUAAGUUUUUUUUUUUAAUUUUUGAGAAAUUUAUUCUGCCUGUGUUCAUUCUUACUCUCUCUUUACUUGGUUAUCAUUUUCUUUUAUUUCAGGAAUUUUCAGCAGCCGACGAAUUUAACAGGAUAAAGUAUGAAGGUAAGCGGAUUUUAAGAGGAAGCUGACAUAAAAGACUUAGACGGCCCUGGCAAUAAGAAGUGCACUUUUUUGUUUUCCUAAUACAGGUCAUGUGAUAAUACUCUAAAGAACUGUUUCUUUCAAAUUUCGUUUCAUUCACGUGCAUAUGUACGCAUAAUUUAUGAAAAGACAAAGGGUCGAGUUCCCCUGGGACCUCUAUUAGGAAAACAAAACAUACAAGCUGAAGAUGUCUAUUUAAUAUCUUCGUAUACUUUCCUCAGAAACUUCGUCUCUGGCGGGGGAGUUCCGAAGCAAGUUUCCAGACCCAGUAUCCACCAGCAGUAUAUUGGAUCUGCAACAGCAAGCCUACCUCACGUGAGAACUCUUUCAUUAUUUUUAAUUUUUUUUCUUUCCUCUUGGUCGGGUAAAAAUCAGAGCCCCGGGGUUUGAUAUUAGUUAGGAAAUAAAAUUUCUCUUAACAUUAAUUGAUUUGAGAUUCUGUAAAUUCAAUAAACAAAAACUGAUUAUUCCUCACAAUUUUCUGUUUGAAGAAUCAAGGUUUCUUUUAAAAACCGGCCAGUUUACCCUGCUUCGUGCCCGCGGGUUUAUGAGGACCUUUUUGAGUACCCGGAUGCCCAAGAUGAUAGGACAAAUUUGACUGCCAAUGUGCACGUUUAAGCUGGUAACAGUAAUAGUUCGGUUGACUGAAACAUGAAAGAACUGCGAAAGUUUUGCAGUGCCGCAAGUUACGCAUGGGUUUAAUGAACACGAAAUCAGUUUAAGUGGAAAAUUGAUCCAAUGGGUGGGAAGACGGUUUUUAUUGAGGCUUAGGCUAACAUUAAGCUAUUGUAUUGUUCAUGUUAUAGGGAACAAGAAGACAAAUUGGCAGCAUUAAGUGAGUGGAUAUCAAAGCUAUUUAAUUUAUCUUUUAUUUACGACUAGAGCAAAGUCGAUGAGAGUUAAAGCGCCCCGCCUUAAUAAUUCAUUUCGUUCUGUUACAGAAUCUAACAGAGGCACGAAACAGCCUCAAGGCGGCGGACAACCUUUUCAGGUAUUUAAGAUUAAGAAUUGUGUCACGCGUUUUAUUCUCCAUAAGGCAAAUGUCGUCCUUUUUGUGACUUGGCUAGUUGUUUCGGCCACUCUUAUAUGAAUGACAUGUUUAGGGUUCGGGUCAGUAUGAUAGUUAUACUACAGAGAAAAGUUAGAGAGCUUCGUAUUAUGAUUAGGAAACGAACCCAACGGUUGGUUUACUGAGACAAAUGCAUGUACUGUCCUCAGUCAACCAUGCACGUAUUUAUUUUUGGAAAUGUCGCAAAUCCCCAGCUCAGCUCACCGUUUGUUAAGUUCGUUUGAGACUGAACUCUCCCUCUUUUCCAAGGUUUCAAGACGUCCUAUAAGCCGUGACUCGCUUUUAGAAUCAGAAAGUCAGUUCCUGGCUGUUAAUGACCCCACGCAGAUGUUGCCAAUAGAGCAAAUGUCACUGAGACCAAAGCAGUCCUCAGCCAGAGAAAGAAGACGAUGGAAACAACUUGAAGAAAUGGCGAGAAAUCCUAAGGUAAAACUCUUUAGUUUUCCUCGAUUGAGUUGCAAACUACUUGAAUAAUGUUGUGAUGAAAUUGUUUAAAGGGCUGUUCUAACGGGUGUGCGAAGCGACGAUAAAGUUGAACAAUUAAUCUCGCUCAAACAAUAAAACUGAUCAGGUUUUUUGGUGCUGAAAGUUUACGGUACUCUUCAUUGUCACGAUGAAUUCUGAUCGUGGCACGGGUUGAAAAAUGUCCCUGUGGACACUUCAGGAUCGUAAUGUGAACACGUCGCAGAUUCAUUAUUUCCCCCUAAAGGGUUAGGCUUCAUGACUUCGCGUUUUUUGGAAAAGUUAAGUCCCAAAUCCGGUAACGGGAGGAAUAAAUUGAGAAACUGGUGCUUAAUGGUUUUUUCUACAACUUUGUGUUUUCUAGUCUAACGACACGUACAAACCUCCAACUCCUGGCGGUUUUUCGCUAAAUUCAGUCACAAGUUUCAAUGUGGAUGAAGUGGCAACCAAGAAUGAAGAAAGGCUGAGAAGACUGGAGAUGAUACAACAGCGAGGGGCGGGUCAAGGUAGCCGUGGGAGCUUAUCAGGCGAUCCGGAUCAAGUAUUACAGAGAUUCAUUGACGAGAGAAGGUAAUAUUUACAUCUUAUUUCGUGCUAAUUUGCGCAGUAAAAGUAUUGUAGCUACGUUCGGCACGUUCGACGUGGAAGAGCGCACUCGUAAUACAGAUUAGAGAGACUGUGUGAGACCACAGUCGUUGAAUGAUAGGCCCUUAGACACGUAUCUGGAUUCCCAACCAACUUGCCAAAGGAGAUAGAAAGAGAGCCUGGGUUGGAGAGAGGGUCUGUAUUUUUUGUUAUUAUUAUUUCUAGUUAAUAUUACCAAGUGGACCUGUAAGUUGUACGCAGGUGUAGUUAAGCCUUUCUUAAGUGAUCUCCUAUGAGAGCCGGUAAUCGUUUAAGAGGGGUCAAAGCGCAGUGGGGUAAUUAAUUAUUUGAUUCUGGAAGUACCUAUACCCCUAAAAUUAAGUGCCGUCGUAGUCAAUAAUCAUCAUCCUCUACUUACGGAGACAAAAGGUUUAGUACGUCGCCUACGUGGCCGAUCUUCUUAGGGGCUGUUUUGCAUGGACGGAGGAAGAUCCUAGAAGGCGGAUCAUCCUAACGCCGUAUGUUAAAUUUAGUUUACAUCCAAAGGGUUAUACUUGCCCCUCGCGCUAGGAUCUUCACAGCUGAGAGGUUGGAAGAUCCUAGCACCAUGUAAACUGCCUUCGCUAGGAAGAUCCUAUUAUUAGAGACAAACAGAACAAAAUGGCGGCGAUUCGUUCAAUGGGUAAUCUUUAAUCUUUAUUCCCUUUUCUACUGUUAACCACACGGACCAAAAUUUGUGCAUGUACAUCGAACGAAAAGUCGUUCCGCGUUCUAAGAUCUUCCUGGUGCUAGGAUCUUCCCUCCUCCAUGUAGACAGCCCCUUUGGGAUUUCUUCAUGCGGUAAUGUUGUAGAGAAGUGGAUCAUAAAUAACAGUUGCGUGUCUUUGUCAUUGCACUGAAGUGCGUUUCUCGUUUUUUUUCUCUUCCCAGUCGCCCUGUUCCCCUCGCCAGUAGAUUGUCAGAAGCGUCGCUUGAAGCAGAAACGUCUUUCGAACCAAUAUAGAUAUUCAAUAGAUACUCAGCGUAAACUCAUCCUCUGAGGACACUUCCGUGGGUCGUCUUAUGAUUGUGCUCAUAAUGUGGAACCUUUUAGAUAGUUUGAACUUGGUCCCAUGACGUUUUUAUUUUCAACGUAAAGGUGUUAGUGUAAUUUAUUGUUAAUUGUAGUUCAUCAAGUGGUGUUGUUUAAGAUAUGUAUGCUAGCUAGCACUCUUGGUUAGCGGAAAUUAUAUAUGGGAUUAUAAGAAAAUAAGAUACAACCCCCACAAAGGCGACCUUCCCUGGAGUAACAUUCUACCACUAGAAUCAAACUAUAAGAGCCAGAGGGAGAGGUAGGCCUUUUUAAUCCAAUCCAUUCGUUCAGUCAUGGUCGCCAUCAUAUCACAAACAGACAAAAAACUUUUAUUCACACAUAUCAAACCUAAAUGCAUGCAGUUGUUCUGGAAAAAAAACGCUAUUCGUGUGGGAUAUCACCAAAUCACACUGCUCUUAAUGUCAACAUAAAGCUUUCUACGUAAUAGAUCAAACACGAGGCAGAGUGUUUCACCAUUAUAACAACACCGAGAGGAAUGUGAUGAAACAUUGUGUUUCGUGUGGGAUAUAGCUGCGCUCAAACGAAGUGAUUUGAGAAGCUAUGUUUCUGCAAGACAUACCAAGUCAGAGCAUACGUGUUUGCUGAUGCACAUCUUGUCACCUACGAAAAUCGCGUAGGCAAAAUGCUAAAGCGUACAAGCCCUGGCAAGCGCUUUUCUGUCUGACAGACGGGCUCGAUCUACGGCCGCUCUCUCGACUCCGGUCUGCGCGUGCUCAUUUCCCGGACAGCGGCUUGUUAUAACUUAUUACCUCAAAAAUAAAUUAGGCGCCUAGAGGGUUGAAAA